AUGUCCACCCUGCCCGUCCUGGGCCUCAUGUUUCACCUUGUCACAACAAGAGGUGCUGUAUAUCACCAUAUCAACCUCGAAUCUACAGUGCCCGACGGUGCUGGCAGCGUUCAGCACGACGCGUUGCAGGAGCUCCGCCUUGAAGAGGGGGUAAUGUCAUGGAACGAUCUGGAAUAA